CACGGCACAGAAGAAAACACAAGCAUUGAUCCAAGAUUCCCAAAGCUCCGCAAACCCCACAGUGCCCGCAUGUACCUCAGAACUUCUUACAAAAUCGCUGUCAUUUUAGUGAUCCUGAUUUCGACUGCGAUAUUUUUUCACAUGACAAGUAAUCCUUCAAGGAAUUUACUUCCAGUCAUGAAAAUGAAGAAGCAGAUUGAUAACUGGCACUUGAACCUCACACCACCAGAAAAACUAACCUUUCUGUCACCAUAUGGAGGAAGAUGGUUAAAUGGCAACAAAAAUUGCAGCUGUAACAUUGGGGGACAAUUGCCUUUAACAAAGUCUUAUGAUCCAAAAGACCUGUUAACAAUCCAAAAAAGGAGAAAACAACAGUAUGAACAACACAGAAAGAGGAUCGAUUCACCUUUGAAGAAGGUAAUCAUAGCUCAACCCAAUUCCCCACUAAGCUAUCCUAUCCAUGGAGUUGAAAUAAUGCCACUGCAGUCCAUUGUCAUUCCAGGUUUGGGUGUGUUUACAUUUGGUAGACAGAACUAUACGGUGAAACUAACAGCUACACAAGGAAUAUUUAACACAAUUGCUGAGGUCCCCAAUGGUGUGUUGAAAGGAUUAGGUGAAAAAGAGUUAAUAUUAAAAAGCCCAAACUUGGAAUUCAUUAAUGCUGUGCUUAAAUAUAUUACUUACACAAGCACAGUAUACCAUAUCAAUACAGUUGAUAUAGUGUCUUUUCAGUUUGAAGAACAUGUUGCUGAAUUUCCGAUUAUUAUCAGGCAGCCCCCAAUGCCACGGUUGUUUGAUCCUGGACCAGACAGUGACAUCAAUUCCUUGGUAACCAUUACAACAAAGACAUUUUUAAGAUAUCAUAAGCUUCGAAUCUUGAUAGACAGCAUUCGGAGCUUUUACCCAAACAUGACGAUAAUAAUUGCAGACGACAGUGAAGUUCCUGAAAAAAUUGAAGGACCCCACAUUGAACAAUACAUCAUGCCAUUUGCAAAAGGAUGGUUUGCUGGAAGAAACUUGGCAGCUUCUCAGGUCACAACUAAAUACCUUCUUUGGGUGGAUGAAGAUUUUUUAUUCACAAAACAGACAAAAGUGGAAAAGUUAUUGGAAGUAUUAGAAAACACAAACUUGGACUUGGUAAGAAUGGAACUGGAUGGAAAGUGAAAGAAUUUUCUGAAAUAUUUCAACC